AUGGCAAGAGGCAAAGAAACUGCAAGAAUGGGUAAGCAAAAGAAAGAAGAAUCCAAGAAAAGACCCCCAAGUGACAGCAGCGAAUCAGACUCGGAUUCUGGUCCAGAUGACAAAAAAGAACCACCAGCAAAGAUGACAAAAUCUGAUGCAUCAAGUAGCUCUUCCCGUCGCAAAAAUGACAGUGGUGAAACAUAUUUUGAGCUUGACCGAAAUAAACGUGUUACUGUGAGAGAAUUCAAGGGCAGAUUGUUUGUUGAUAUUCGUGAGUUCUAUGAAAAAGAUGGGAAGACACUUCCUGGAAAGAAAGGAAUUUCACUGACUACAUCAAUGUGGAAUAAACUCAAGUCAUUACAAGAGGAAGUGGAUGAAGAAAUCCAGCAGCUUUCAUAAACUUCAUCAAGCAGAGUGCAGUACUUUCCAGUUGCCAAGAAUAGCAGCAGUGCUAGGUGUUCUGGAGAAAUUUAAGUUUCUAGCUUUUGUUUUUAUUUUGUUGGUGUAAGCUUUUUCUUUAAUAGUAUUCCUGAAUUUGUAUUGCAUUGUUUUAGAAGACAUUGGGUUUAUUAUUCUGAUGUUUCCAUGCAAUAUUUGAUCCAAUAUACUUAUUAAAAUUAGUAAUUGUGAUUGUGCAAAAAUACUCUGAAAGUGACAAAAGGUAUUGAUGAGAUUGCACUUUUUAUAAUAUACCAAAGGAAGAUUAAAGUAUUGAAGAUUCAAAAUAUGUUCAACUUUAAAAGGACAAAAAAUAAUUUCAUUUGCAAGCUUGAGUUACAGUACUUUGCUAGAGGUCUCACUGGCUUUCUAAUUUGAGAAUUGCUAAAAAAUUAACAGGUUUCUUAAAUUAUAUUUUUGUGAUUACUUGGUCACAUGUAAUAAAUAUUAAAAAUUA